CGCUCCAAUUAACUUCUUUAGGGUUCUCAAAAAAUCAUUCAAUUUCGUCAAUCGGAGAGGCCUCUUCCGAUCGAAGUAACCAUCCAUUCAAUCUCUCUCUCGCGUGCGUUGGUGGUUUCCGAUUCCGGCGACUUGCCCCGGCUCUUCUCAGAUCGUGAAAUUGAUGGCGAACCCGCAAGGGAACCAUCAAGAACCCUCUCAUGCUUCGUCGACCUUCAAUGGCAAUGGGAAUAUUGCUGCGGCAGCGGCAGUGACAGCGGCGCCUGAGAGUUCAGGCACGACUUCUGCAAUGAAGCACAAUCCUGGAAUCUCCAUGGAUUGGACCACAGAUGAGCAGGCUGCACUUGAAGAAGGCCUUGCUAAAUUUGGCUCGGAAAAUAAGGUGAUUUGCUAUGCAAAGAUAGCUUUACAGCUGCAAAAUAAGACAGUUAGGGAUGUGGCAUUGCGUUGCCGAUGGAUGUCGAAAAAGGAGAACAGCAAGAGAAGGAAAGAGGAGCAUAAUCUAAACAGGAAAAGCAAAGAUAAAAAGGAAAGGGUAGCCGAUCCUUCGUCUAAGUCUUCUCAGUUUGCUGCCCGGCCUAAUGUUGCUCCAUAUAUGCCACCAGCGAUUCCUAUGGACAAUGAUGACGGCAUUCCAUAUGAAGCAAUUGCUGGUCCUGCUGCAGACCUCCUUGAGCAGAAUACACAAACCUUUAAUCAGAUAUCUGCUAAUUUCUCGACACUGAAGAUUCAUGACAACAUCGGUCUUUUCUGCCAAGCCCGUGACAACAUAGACAGAGUCAUGAACGAUUUGAGUAACCAGCUGGAGAUGAUGAAGCAGAUGCCGCCACUCCCUGUUAAGGUGAAUGAAGAGCUAGCUAAUACGAUUCUACCCCGAACAGCACUUCCACCGCAGUCCUGAUCCUUUGUUUGCCUCUUAUAGCUUUGGAACGGCGCCAAGAGAUUCCAACUUCAAGGGUGAUUCGUUGAUCGAUAUCGACCAUCAGGGAGGAGGCAAAUUGUCAAUUAAGUGGAGCCUUCUUUCCCAAAUUGUUAGAUGUCAUUAGUAACUACAUUGCUUCAGUUUUUGCAGUCUUUUUUUUUUCCCUUAUUUUAAUUGGAUAGUUGAUGCUGUACAUGUCAAAGUAGAGGUGGUUUAGGGUUUAGGGAAUGCCUGGGACAACAUUAAGUAGUUAAUUAGUUACUUUUGAUUGGAUUUCAGGAUUUUGUCUUUGGAAUAAUCUAGUACUCUCUAGAAUCGCGUCAUCAAAUGUUGCUUUGGUAGGUGAUAAAGUCUGGCUCUUUUUGUCAGAUGUAGAACUACAGUAAUUUAAUAAAUCUCAAUCGACCGAUCUUUCU